UUCUCGUGCUGAGUUCAAUCCUAUCCUACUAUUCGUCGUUUAUUUAUACUUUGCUUGUAUCGCCGAGGCAACCAAUAGACUCUGGACCAGAGAGAAGUUAUUCGAGGUCAAACUGAUUGUAAGCUUCGCUAGCUAUCGUAUCCAGUGAAAGUCUCACGGGCAGUUCAGUGCUCGACGAGUUGCCAGAGAGCCUAGAAUUUUGAAAAUAAAAUCGUACCAAAUUCCGUCGGCAUUUCACGCCUGUGCAUUUGUGAAUGAUGUCUUCUUACAAGUUGACUUACUUCAAUUUUACCGGCCUCGGUGAACCUGUCAGGUUCAUGCUGAGCUACGCCGGCAUCGAUUUCGAAGAUAAACGGGUCAGCGACGAAGAGUGGCCACAAUACAAGCCACUUAUGCCAAUGGAACAACUACCGGUGCUAGAGAUCGACGGGAAAAAAUAUAAUCAGUCGUUGGCGAUCUGUCGAUUAAUCGCCAAAAAAUCUAACGUCUAUGGCCGCGACGAUAUCGAAGCAUUGCAGAUUGACAGUGCUGUCAACAACAUCAACGAUCUACGACAUGAGAUGGCCAACUAUUUUUGGAACACUCGACCCGAGUGGACGCCGAUUCUGAAAGAGAGAGCGUUUGAACGACUGGCAUUUUACCUUGACAAGUUCGAAGCGAUAUUGAACGUCAACAACGGUUAUUUCGUCAGCAAUAAGUUGACGUGGGCAGAUAUCUUUUUCGCUUCGUUGCAUGAUUACAUGUGCUCCAUGGCGGAAAGGGAUAUAACUGCGGAUCAUCCGAAAUUGAAAAAUAUCGCCAACGAGGUAUUCAAUCUACCGAACAUUAAAUCUUACUUGGCUAAUCGCCCGAAAACAAAAUUCUAAAUUCUUUUUGACGUU